CGCCCGCUCCCCUUUGUGCGGCAGCCCCGCUCCGCGCUCCGCUCCGCUCCCCCGGCACCGCCCGGAGCCGCGGGGCCAGCCCGGCUCUGCCCGGCUCCGCCCGGCCAGCUCAGCCAUGGAGGCAGCGCUCAUCUUCCUGUGCUCCCUGCUGGUGCCAGCGGCCGUGGCAGACGUGGCCACGCAGGAGAAGGAGGAGGAGGAUCCCUUUAACUAUGAUUACCAGAGCCUGAGGAUCGGGGGGCUGGUGUUCGCCGUGGUCCUGUUCACCGUGGGCAUUCUCCUCAUCCUCAGCAGGAGGUGCAGGUGCAGUUUCAAGCAGAAGCCCAGGGCUCCAGGGGAGGAGGAGGCUCAGGCAGAGAACCUGAUCACCUCGAAUGCAACGGCAGCACAGAAGGCAGAGAACUGAGCAGGAGCCAAUGCUAGCCAGAGACCCGAGGAGGGACGCCCGGAGCGCAGAUGCCCGCGGCCUGCGAGGAAACUGAACUCCCAGCAGCAGGAGCCUCUCAGGAGACGCGGAGCUGCCGUGCCCGUGUCCCCUCUGUGCCCCAGCAGCGGGUCUCUGUCUGCCAACCCCACUAAACCCUGCUCAGCGUCCUCUCUGCCUCCCGCCGUGUGUAGCGUUGCUGUGAGAUGAUCACCACCUCUAGGGCUAGUUGUUGCUGGUGUUGUAAUCGUGACUUUCUCCUCACCCUUCUCGUGCUGUGCGUGUGAUUCGGGCUCUGCAGGACUGGCAGGCUGCUGCCCUUCGGGGUGCCCUCCACGCCUGGGGACAGGGAGCGUGGGCUGUGGGGCAGGGAGCCCCGUUCCCUGCCCAGUGCCAGCAGCACAGCCCCCCUGGCUCUGGGCAGGGCUUGGGGACCUGCAGUGCCCUGGGGACCUGCCCAACCAUUUCAGGGCCACCCGUCCCCAUUUCAGCAAUAACCCCCUGCAUGCCCCCAGCCUAAAAACAGCCAUGGCGGGGGGUGAGUCAGGCAGGGACAUCCCAUGGCUCAGCCCUCCUGGCUGGGGUCGCUGGGGUGCUGGAUUCAAGGCUGAAGGGAGCUCUCCUGCCUCUCCUGCUUGGCACUCCCCAUUUCUGUCCCUGGUCAGAGCUGUGGCACGCUGCUUUAAGUGUGAGGCAAGGCCCUGGUGGCAGAGAAGGCCGUGAGGUCCCCAGCACGGUGACACUGUGGAUGAGGGCAGCAGCACAGCAGUGACCUCACUAACCAGCACAAACCAGCUCCUGCCCGCGAGCCAGAGCUGGGUGGGUGACACAGUCUGAGGGCUAAAGAGAAACAGAGAUCCUGUCUGUGCUUGUUCUGGCACGGAAGGGGCACUGGCAUCUCCUCCUGGUGCUCCUGCCCCUGCUGGUGCCUUGUCACCUCCUGUGCCACCCAUGUCAGUGCUGUGUGUUGUCCCGUGGUGGUUCUGUGUCACCCCCAGUGCCAGAUGUCCCCUGUCCCCGUGGAGCAGCAGUGAGUGGCACUGAGUGAUUCUCGGGGCUUUUGCACACCUGAGCUUGCACUGUGACAAUGUGCUGAGCCCAGAGGUCAUUGUCACCCUGUGUCCCCUCAUGGGUCAGAGGCAAACCUGUGAUUUUUGGCUCUUCCUUAAGUCGAUGGGCAGGUAAAACCUCAGCUGGGGCUGGGAGCUGCCAGCUUGGGUGGGGGCAGCAGUGGGGGGUCCCCAAGGCUUCGCUGAAACCCCUCAGGGUGCCACCCCCACGCCAGGAAGGGGGUCUUGUCCCCCAGGAUGGUUUUGGGAGGAGUUUCUGCUGUGUCCAUCCCACUGUGGUGGCCCUGCCCCAGCGUGGUCUGUGUCCCUGCAUGCUUGGCAUCACUUGGUGGCACCGGGCAGCUCUGUCCCAUCUGUGCCAGGCAGAGGGACCGUGUGUCUCGUGUUGUGUCCCUUCCCUCCGUCCUGGCUGUUGCAGAGAGCUCCCGGGCAGAGCAGACCCCAGGCUGGCCCCCGAGUGUCACGGUGUGUGUCCCGGUGCUGUCCCUAGUGUGCCGUCGGUGUUACCACGAAACAAAGAGCUCCCUGUGGUGUGUAAAAUGGCCAAACCCUGACUGUUGUAAAAUAAACUGAGCUAUUGUGUCUCCUUUUAAAUAGGCGAGUGUGCUGCUGUGCUGGAGGGCUGGUGUGCUCUGUGCUGUGACCUAAGGGGAAAGAAUAAAAUAUCGUUUCUA